CGUCAACGUUUCCAUUCAAUAAAAAGAUGAGCGGUUGAGAUCUCGAGGUAGCCCAACACCUCCGUCGCACGGAAAAUUAAUAAAAUAAAAUACAAAACUCCAAAAUUGAACGCAGAGCCUGUUCCUGCUCCUGUUAUUACUCUCUGUGUUAAACAACAGCCUUUCCUUCUUCCUGUUCUUUCCUUUGUACAAAUUCGGAAACUCCCUCCCUCCCUCUCUCUCUCUCUCUCUCUCUCUCUCUUGAGAAUCAAUCCUACCAAAAUCAGGAGCCAACGCUCUGACUGUGUUGUUGGAGGCCCACCACCUUCACUGCUGAUUUCCUGCGAUAUUGGAAUGGCUCGGAAAGAGAAGCGAAAAGUUAAUGGGUUCUUGAGGUUUCUGUUGCUGAUCUUUGCGGUUUACGAAACGGCGGCGUCUGAGGAGAGAGCGCACACCAAUGCGUACGCGACGAUGCUGUACAUGGGGACGCCGAGGGACUACGAGUUCUACAUGGCCACGCGCGUCAUGAUCAGAUCGCUCGUCAGGCUCAACGUGGAAGCAGAUCUCGUCGUCAUUGCGUCCCUCGAGGUCCCUCUCCGAUGGGUCCGAGCUCUGGAACAGGAAGAUGGGGCAAAGGUGGUGAGGGUUGAAAAUUUGAAUAAUCCUUACAAGGAUCAGCCCAAUUUCGAUAGGAGAUUCAAGUUGACAUUGAACAAACUCUAUGCGUGGAGCUUGGUGGACUACGACAGGGUCAUCAUGCUCGAUGCUGAUAAUCUCUUCCUUCAGAAAACUGAUGAGUUAUUCCAAUGUGGACAGUUUUGUGCGGUCUUUAUCAACCCUUGCAUCUUUCAUACUGGCCUCUUCGUCUUGCAGCCAUCAGAGGUGGUGUUCAAGGACAUGGUUCAUGAGUUGGAGAUUGUACGAAACAAUCCAGAUGGUGCAGACCAGGGUUUUAUCGGCAGCUACUUCUCUGAUUUGCUUGAUCAGCCAAUGUUCCAUCUGCCCCCUAACGGCACCAAGCUUCACGGAACCUACAGACUUCCAUUAGGCUAUCAAAUGGAUGCUACUUACUACUAUCUUAGACUCCGCUGGAGUGUGCCCUGCGGACCCAACAGCGUGAUUACAUUCCCAGGUGCACCGUGGUUGAAGCCAUGGUAUUGGUGGGCAUGGCCUGUCCUGCCAUUAGGCAUUUCAUGGCAUGAACAACGUCGUCAAACUCUUGGGUAUGCUGCGGAGAUGCCAGCAGUACUUAUACAGUGUGUGAUUUAUCUGGGAAUAAUAGCAAUGACUCGUCUAGCACGGCCAAACUUCUCCAAGCUAUGCUACCGUCGGUCAGAGAAGAACACCUCCUUGAUACAAAUAGGCAUCAAAAUACUAGCUAUUUGGUCUAUUCUUGCCUCCUAUGUAGUACCCUUCUUCAUUAUUCCUCACACAGUUCAUCCACUACUAGGCUGGAGCCUUUAUUUGUUCGGCUCUUUCGCGCUUUGCUCCAUAGCGAUUAAUGCAUUUUUACUGCCAUUGUUACCGGUUAUAGUCCCAUGGCUUGGGAUCUUGGGGUCCCUUUUGGUCAUGGCGUUUCCGUGGUACCCAGAUGGGGUUGUAAGAGCUCUUUCUGUGUUCGGCUAUGCAUUUUGCGCUGCACCAGUCGUGUGGGUAGCGAUGGUUAAGGUCAUGGCAUGCCUUCAAGUCUCGAUCGAAAGGGAGGCCUUCUUCCCAAAAUUGGGCGAGUCUUCGCCACCUCCAGGGUUUAACAAGUUAUAUUGAGUGUAAGAAAUUGGACUGAUGCCUGGGUUUAACAAGUUAUUUGAAAGUAGGAAGGCAUUUUUUGGCCGACAUGGACACAUAUCGAAGAUGGUUUGCAUUGGCUUCCCUGGGUUUCUGGUGCGCACUCAGAUUAUGUCAUGGAUUAAGCAAGAUGGGGGGGACUUGUUUUAACUUGUUUUAAGAGUCCCAAGGGAACAAUGGUCAAAGAAAUUUAUACAUGAUUGUUAUAAUUCAAUUGGUUGCAUUGUUUUGGCUA